CUCCCCAAAGAAUGUAGAAUAGCCAAUUUACUUGAUUCUACGGAUACUAAAUGCUCAGCUGGUUACUACAGGCCAUUCCGAGUACACCGGAUAGCACAUACAACACAGAGUCAACCUCCCAACAACCAACUCGAAAUUGCGAGAACCCGAUCUGCAGCUCCAUAUCUUUUCCCAUUAAACGCCCGUCCGCGGCUCUGCACAUUGGUCCGGACUCGCUCGUUUAUCCCGUUUGGGUAUUCAAUUCGCGCCACAGUCCAGAAUCCACUCUACUCCGGGAUCAUCGUUGCUUGUGCGCUAUGCUAUGCUCGGGGUCUGUAUGACAUCCGGCGGCCUUUCAUAUGACCGGGUAUGGUUAUCCUAGGUGAUUGUCCGGGGUAUUCUGAGUAUCGCGUGUUGCUCACAUGAUAGCACGUGAUGAUCUGGGGAAGUUUCUGAAAUGGGGAUCGGGGGCCGGAGGUCCGGAGGAGUCGAUUAUCCGCGACUAGCGAGGUCGUAUACGGAGAGAUCCAGUUUUAACGAGAGAAGUGUAUUGCCUAUUAACGCGUAUACCCACACGCAGCUGAUUGAGUGCUUGAGUGCUUGUCUAUCUAAAUGUGCGC